CUGGCGGAGAAGACAAGCAUUUCCCAUCUUUCAACGUCCUUUCUCCGAAACUCUUCUCGUUUCUCGUCAAUACAUCUUCUUCUCCUCUUUGAACUCUCUCUCUCUCUCUCUCUCUCUCUCUCUCUCUCUCUGUGAUUGGAUCUGUGGUUUUUGCGAGCGAUGGCGUCGCAGGAGUAUCUAGACAAGAUGCAGCUCCGUCAGAACUUCCGGAAUCUAUGGCAUACAAGUCUCAUGGACACCAUUCAAGCCGAUUUUCCAUAUUGCUGCUUUGCAUUUUGGUGUGCGCCAUGUGCAUCAUACCUACUCAGGAAACGAGCUCUUUAUAAUGAUAUGUCCAGGUAUGUAUGUUGUGCCGGGUACCUGCCAUGCAGCGGUAGGUGUGGAGAAAGUCGAUGUCCUGAAUUUUGUCUUGGCACUGAGGUCCUUCUAUGCUUUGGAAAUUCAGUCGCCUCAACCCGUUUUCUUUUGCAAGAUGAGUUCAAUAUACAGACAACACAGUGUGAUAACUGCAUCAUUGGAUUCAUGUUCUGCCUGCAACAAAUUGCUUGUAUUUUUUCAAUUGUUGCAAUGAUUGUCGGAAGUGAUGAAAUUCAACAAGCUUCCCAGUUGCUGUCCUGUUUGGCCGAUGCUGUCUAUUGCUCGGUCUGUGCAUGCAUGCAGACACAGCACAAGAUUGAAAUGGAUAAAAGAGAUGGCAUGUUUGGCCCACCAGUGAUGGCAGUGCCCCCAAUUCAGCAGAUGUCUCGUAUAGAUCAGCCUCUUCCCCCUGCAGUUGGAUAUCCACCUCAACCAUCAUAUGGGCAGCCUUAUGGCUAUCCACCUCCGGCUCAGGCCCAGGGCUACCCUCCGGCAGGUUACCCUCCAGCAGGUUACCCUCCAUCGGGGUACCCUCCAGCAGGUUAUCCUAGGUGAUAUCCAUCAUCAAUGCAUCACUGAAUACAAGAACAAUUGGUUUGAAGGUUUUGAUGUGCAUUUGGACCUUCCGGAUGAUCCUUGUUAUAGUCAUGAUAUAUUUUUUUUCUUGCAUUUCUUUGGCAAGCUGGUUUGUUGUGUCCAUGUGAAGCAAUGGUUCUAUAGAUACUGUGGAUGCUAUGAAUGCGUGCAGCUAUUAGUGGGAGAUCCCAUUUUCAGUGUAGAUAAGCAAACUCAUUGAAGUUUAUU